UAAAAAUAUAUUGAAAAAAUUAGUGAGGAUUUUUUAGGGAGAAUGAUAGCACUGUCCCCUUGAAGUCGUCAGGAUCAGAAGAGAGCACACAGUGAAAAGCGCCUUGUGAAAUAGUCUAUGCUAUUCAUAUUCAUUUUGUCUGUUUCUCACUCUUCCUUCCCCUGUUGGAGCUGGGCCUGCUGCUCUGGUUGGGGCCUGUCAGAACCAGAACCGUGAGACACCUCAGUUGCAGUCCUGUCCUCCUGAGGGCGUGAGCGUGGCCUUCAGGACAGAGGAGGCUGACUUUGCAGUGAGUCCCUGUUGUGCUUCCUUCCCCUCAGGUUAGUGCACCGGUUUCUUCCUGACCAAAGACCAGAGUCACCUCCAGAUGAAUGAAAUUUCCUGGAAAGAUGUUGCCAAUGUCUUGUCGUUGGCCAACAUGGUCAUGGGGCUCUUCUCCAUCUUCUGCAGCCUCAGCAAGUAGCUGAUCAAAAAUACAAUAAAAUCCACCUGUGCUUCCUGGAUGGUUCUGAUCAGCUUCCUAUCGGACAUGGCAGUCAGGACAAUCACCAGACAUCUCAAUAUCUGCUCCAAAUCAGGAGCUGAGCUGAAUGACUUUGCUGUCUUCACCACCUUUGGCCUGGCCUCAGCCCUGCUCCUAGGCGUGGAUGGGCCUCUGAAUGGGUUCCUGGCCAUCAUCUAUGUGUUAGCUGCUUCUUUCCGUCUGUGUUUUAAUUCAACUGGAGACUUUCCCUUCACAUACAAGGGUCUACCCUGCUCCUAUGCUUCCUGUGUUCUGGCCUCCACCUCCAUUCUGACCAAAGGCAACACGCUCAUUCUCUCCUGCAUGGCCUCGCUUAUGAUUCUAUUCAUGAUGGAUCAAAGCUACUACCCACACGAUGAAAUCCUGGAAUCUGAGAAUUGGAAAAAAAUCAUUUAUCUUGGAGGUGUCACCAUGCUGCUUUUUUCUCCAUUCUCACUAAUUGCUUUUUACUGCCUCACGUGGUCGCUCUCCUACAUCUUCUUUCCAGAUGUUCUGUGGGGCAAGGCAGUGUGUCUUAGGCAGGAGCGCCUAAGAAACUAAACAGCUCUUCCCACUC